GGAGGCGGCUGUGCUCUGAUGACUCGAUCCAAUGAGUUUGAACAGAUCGGCCGCGGGAUGAAUUCGGUGAGUGAUCUGCCGGGCCUGGAUGUGAUUCGGACGGGGGUGCAAGAAAAGAUUAACAUAGCUCAUAAAUGAAUCCCCAAGAUCCAGGCCUGGGGAGCAGCCAUGGUCACGCUUCACGGCCGAUCCAGGGAGCAGCGGUACACAAGGAGUGCUGACUGGGACUACAUCGCGGGGUGUGCUAAAAUAGCGAGCCCCAUGCCUCUUUUUGGCAACGGUGAUAUUUUGUCUUACGAAGAUGCUAAUCGAGCCAUGCAGAUGGGCGUUUUGGGAAUUAUGAUUGCAAGAGGGGCACUCAUCAAACCGUGGCUUUUCACUGAAAUUAAGGAGCAGAGGCACUGGGAUAUCUGCUCCAGUGAGAGGUUUGAUAUCCACAAAGACUUCACCAACUACGGCCUCGAGCACUGGGGGUCCGAUACCCAGGGGGUGGAGAAGACGAGGAAGUUCCUGCUGGAAUGGCUCUCGUUCCUCUGCAGGUAUAUUCCAGUUGGCUUAUUAGAACACCUCCCUCAGAAAAUUAACGAGCGGCCACCUUACUACGUGGGGAGAGACUAUCUGGAGACGCUGAUGGCCAGCCAAAACGUGGAGGAUUGGAUUAAAAUAAG